UGCCACUGCCGCCCGCCCCUUUUUCCCGUUGCGGAGUUUGGUGACAUUGAACGGGUCCGCGUUGUCACCGCCCGCGAGGCGCAGUCGGGUCGGCGGAGUAGGCGGCCAUGGGGAGCCUGCGCGGCCUGCGCUGGGCGGCGGGAAGCUGUUUUAGGUUAUAUGAAAGAGAUGCUUCCUCAUCUCUAAGAAUUACCAGAAACUCUGAUUUGAAAAGAAUAAAUGGAUUUUGUACCAAACCACAAGAAAGUCCAAAAGCUCCACCCUACACUUACAGCCACAGAGUGCCAUUACACAAACCUACACAAUGGGAGAGGAAGAUCCUGGUAUGGUCAGGUCGCUUCAAAAAGGAAGAUGAAAUCCCAGAGACUGUCUCGUUUGAGAUGCUUGAUGCUGCAAAGAACAAGAUCCGGGUGAAGAUCAGCUAUGUAAUGAUUGCCUUGACAGUGGGUGGAUGCAUCUUGAUGGUUAUUGAGGGAAAGAAGGCUGCCAGAAGAAACGAGUCUUUAACAAGUCUGAACUUAGAAAAGAAAGCUCGCCUGAGAGAGGAAGCGGCUAUGAAGGCCAAAACAGAGUAGCAGAGGUAUCCAUGUUGGCUGGCUUUUGAAAUUGCAGGAAUAAUGUUGCAGCAAUUAGCUUGUUAUUAAAAGGAAUAUGGUAUGAGGAUCUGUAUCAUGAAAGUAUGGUUUGCACAAACAUAAUCUCCCAAUUUCUGCUGUAGUGGUACAAAUAAAUUUCCUUUUGGAAAAAUGA